GGUGCCUGGAUAGCUCUGACAGUCAGGCACGUUGGAGAGGCACAGCGGAGACUGGGGCGCACGAGAGACAGAGCUGGAAUUGCAGAGGCAGAGACGCACGGGCGCACGGUCGAUUUUCGUCUCCCGCAUACAGGGGAGUCCCGUGCCUGUCACCAAAACCAGCGCGCAGGGCUCGAGUGCGGCUGUGUCAGCUCAUGAAUUGGGUAACAGACUGAGCACCGACCACUCUUGUUUCAUUUUUGCCCAAAUUUUCCCUCCUUUUGUGUUUUGAGGAGCCUUUUGUGUUUUGUGCCAGAGGAGCGGUUUCUCCGUUGCGCGUCGGCAGAAGGAGACAGCGUUUACAUUGAUGUGGGAGGACUGUCUCCCCUCGACGCGGGGCGCUCAGAUGGAGGAGAAAAGCUGCUCGCUGAGGGCUGCAGCCGUCAAGGCGAAUGCUCCGUGACCCGCGCGAGGAGAGGAGCGAACCACCGACAGCAGCGCGAGCUCUCAGCCCCGCCAGCCGGCGUUGACACCGCAGCAGCCCCGGACCCCCUCUCUCUCCCUUGGUGAGUGCGCGUGCAGCUUCAUGUGUAUACAACACCUAAAUUUUGCUCGGGCUCCUGUCCGCUCAGCCAGCUGUGCUGCACACCUCUGGAUACGUUUCUCUCUGAGUGUUUUACAUUAACCUCAUCGCUGCCAGUGCUCUGCAUUCAAACUGCUCGUGCUGCUGGGUCAUCGGGGCUGAAGUGAGGGUAUGCAGUGUGUGUGUCACUGUCUUAAAUUAUGUUAAACUCUCUCUCUCUGUCUCUCUCUCUCUCGCUCUCUCUCUCUCUCUCUCUCUCUCUCUCUCUCUCUCUCUCUCUCACACACACACACACACACACACACUCUCACACAGACUUACGCAGCAGUGUGGUUCAAAUGAACCCUGCAACCCCCACCUUUUUUUUUUUUUUACCACUUCUCACCUAUUAGCCUUUUAAACUUGAUGUAUUCACCUUACAGGUAAGGCAACACUAUGUAUUACUGCUCACAAUGACAGCACACUCACAGCACUAAUGCAUUAUGUGUUGUUGGCUGGUUUGUUUGCUGCCUGAGUGAGUUUGACUGGACUUUCUGAUACUGAAUUCAUACGGCAGGACCAAAUUCCAGAGGUUUGACUGUGAGCCCAGCUCCUGAUGAUGGGCAGAUGUUUGCUUUACAUAUAAACAGGAAUCACAGAGAGUCCUGGUGAGCAUCCGUCCAGCCCCCCCAGGGGUUUCCAUCCCAGCAGGCAGCUCCCCCCUGAGCUGUCAGGGCAGCUGUAGGCAGGACACAGCAGCAGCAGCACAUCCUGCAGUGGCAACAGGGCCGGUGUGCUGAGGAGACACGACGUACUCAUGGUGGUGAUUAUCAGCUCUUGUCUGUGCUUAACGGGGAGGGGGAGAAAAGGGGGGAGGAGAGAAGAGGGGUAGAGAGGAAGAAAGAGUGCAUGAGGAGGAGAGGGGGGGGAGAGGAGUCAAUGUCGAUGUCUGGGAAGUGACAGUUGGUUAUUUAAGGGCCCCUCAGAGACGUGCACAGGCUGCCCCAGUGCAGGUGCAGUUAGUAUGCAGAGUGCUGCUCUGUCUGUCUGUCUGUCUGUCUGUCUGUGUGUCUCUCUGUCUGUCUGUCUGUGUCCCUGUCUGUCUGUCUGACUGACUCCCACUCACACAGUCUCACUCUUUCAGAUGCUGCUCAAAGACUGAGUUCUCUGGUUGGACAUAAUGAAUAAUUUCCACCCUCUGAGUACUGGAAUGAAAAGGAAAUGGCGUUACUUUGGCGUGCUGCCGCUGUCUGUCAGACUUGUCUUGAGUGUAUGGCCUUGUCUGUUUGUGUGUGUGUGUGUGUGUGUGAGUGUGUGUGUGUGUGUGUGUGUUUGUGUGCGUGUGUGUGUGUAUGUGACAAACAGAGGGAAUGUGAACAUAUAACAGCUUAGGCCUAUUGUGCUUCCUACCUGUGUGAGCUGGGCUAGUUGUCAUGGUAACGGCCUUGUAGCUCCGUUGAUGUUCCUCCUGUCCUCAUUGGCAGGGUCAGUGCACCUAACACACCACAUCUCGUCUCAAAGCGCUAUGUGUGUGUGCGUGUGUGUGUGUGUGUGUGUGUGAGUGUGUGAGUUAGUGUGUACCAGUGUGUAUGUGUGUUUGCAUGCACUAGUACUAUUAAGUGUGUGUGUGUGCUGUGGAGGUACCUUUUGUUUGCACCUUGCUGCAGUUCGUAGGCGUGUGGCGUGUUGAUGGCACAGACAAGCCUGAGUGUGUGUGUGAGUGUGUGUGUGUGUGUGUGUGUGUGUGUGUGUGUGUGUUGCAGUGUCACAAAGAUACACCCUGCUGAUGUGACAGCCGACAGCCUCAACCAAUCACCUGUUUCCUCUCCCGGCCUAUCAGCAUGUAAGGUUGCCGUAUUCAGACGUCCUCUUGAUAUGGAGGUCGUCAUGGAGAUGACAGAAGACAGAAAUGGACACACUUCUUCAUGUAUGGAUACACGCACACACGCGCGCGCGCAAAAAGCAGAGACAAUUGGCACUUGUGUCAGUACAGUGUGCUGUUUUUUACCCUCUUACAGUGAUGUAGAAGUUUGGAGGGCGGUACAACCUGUUGAAUUGUUGAAUGUGAAUCUAUGGGAAGAGCAGAUUGUUGUCAAAGGAGGUCUGAAUGGAGCCUCUUUGUAGUCUCAUCCUUAACAUUUUCACCUUAAAAUGCAAUUGCUGGAAUUUUUACCACCAGGCAGAGCUUCAAAAGCAAAAACGAAAAAAACUAAAGGAAAUCCUUGUAGCGGCUGAGUCUUGAUGUUUAAUCACAGCUGCAAAUGUUUGAGAUUUGAGCUCCUUGCUGGACUAGGUUUUCAUAUUGUGGCUACAUAUGACGAUUGAGAUUCAUCCCUAGAUUAUUUUUGCCCCUCUCCUCUGAACCCUCCAUGCAUUCAGAAAGAAUUUACACCGGCAUCAUGAAUGAGUCAGGCCAUUAUUAGUCAGCACUUGAAAUCCCUCCCAAAAUACAUGAGACAUUAAUUUAAGGUCACAGACUCAAACAAUCCCAUUCACAGCGAGGAAUUCGGAGCAGAGAGAAGUGAAUGUUUCUGCUGCUGUUGUUUUAAAAUAAGAGCCGUUAUCUUGCACUUCAAGGUCUCGCAUGUCUGAAACGGUUUCCUACACAAUGAAGUCGUACUAAUUGCAAUAAUGAGUGAUAGAAAAUCUCUGAUUAUUUCACAACUUUUAAUGUUUUCCACUUUGUAACGAGCUAUUUGCAAAAAAAAAAAAAAUUAGUCAUCGCUUUGUCCUUGGAGUGAAGGGUCCCGUCUUUUAUGACUCCUAUUAAUCUAAUCAUCACCUGAAGUGAAAUAGCUUUCGCCACAGGCAGGUAAAUGUGGUUCAACUCCCACACACACACACACACACACACACACACAAACACACUCAGCUGCACACACACACACACACACACACACACACACACACACACACACACACACACACACACACACACACAGAGCGUUUAACAUUAGUGUAAGCAGUGUUUGUAUGCUCCAUUCUGUCACCUCCCACACGAUACAUUCAUAAAAGCUCCUCCGCGCCAAAGCCACUGACUCAAUAGAAGACAUCUCCCCUUCUCUUUUUUUUCUCCCCACCUCCCCCAUCAUGUAUCUGUCCUUCCCUCCUUCCUUUCCUUGACAUCCUUCCUCACCUACCUCCCUCAUCCUUCUCUCCCCCAUCCUACAGGGCCGGUUGCAGCCGGUUUGAGUCUGACAGUAGAGAGGAAGCGUCGACCUCUCACCUCCGGAGGAUAGAGGGAGAGAGAGGCAAGAGGAGAGAGAUGAUGGAGGGCAGCAGGGUUGAGGGGGGGUGGAGGGGGGGAUGGAGCUGCGAGAGGCGAGGGAGAGGUCAAAGAACAGGAGGGAUUUGUGAAGAAGGAGGGAGAGAUGGAGGUGGGGGUGUGGGGUGGGGGGGGACCAGGAGCCUGGGAAGAGAGAGAGAGAGAGAGAAAGAGAGAGAGAGGACAGAGGGGUCAGGGAGGAGAAGGAGUGAUAAAUGAAGGGGGAGCGGCAAGGAUGGAUGGAUGAAGCAGGGAGGGAUGGAGCGCAUGAGGAGAGGAGGAUGAGGAGGAGAGGAAGACAGAGUGUGAAGCUGCUGUGUACCUCCCUAACAAGCUGGACAGAAUCAGCUCAAUUAUUAAAGAGGAGCGAGAGAUGGGGAAAACACGCAGACAUACACACACACACACACACACACUCACAAAAGCAUCUCUUAGUCUGGCGCGCAACACACUCACACUCACUCACUCACACACAGACUGACACACAAACACACACUUUCUGUAGAUCAACAUACUAACACAUGUACAGUACGUCUGAUUGCUUCUCCUCGUGCGUCAGCGUGUUGUUUUUAGUGCUGUGCGAGUGUGCGUACACAUGUGUCUGGGUAUGUGUGUUAAAAACAGUGAGUCAGAGGAUAAGCAGAGACUUGUUAGUGAUUCUCCUCAACACCCCCACCCCCCUGACUCCCCCCCACCCCUCCACACACACUCUUCAAUUUGGCUUCGUCUCAAUGUUCCACCAGCGUGGCUUCAAUGUCGUCCCAUCAAUAUGAACAGAUAAUCAGAGCACUGAGGGGUCCGUCUAUAAAUCCCCGCUGCGAAUAUACUUCUCACCUUCUUCCCUUCCCUCUCUCCUCUCUCUCUCUCUCUCUCCUCCUCUUCCUCUCCAGCCCGUUCCACCCUUGUUUCUAGUUCUCUUUCUUCUUUCCUUUUUUCCCUCCUUCUCUGAGGAAGUGUAUGCCCCCAAGGGACGAAGAGAUUCGCUACCUUCCAGGAGAGAAAGAGAUUGUGCGUGUGCCUGAGUUAGUGAGUGUGUGCGUGCAGGGAUGAUAGUGUGUACGUGUGCAUGGGAGUGAGAACACACACUUCCUGAGACAGGGAGGGAAAAGAGAGAGAGAGGCAGGGAUGAGCAAGUGAGAGAGUGAAAUCAGGAGGCUGUGGAGGGGGAGGAGAGAGGAAGAGAUAAGAGAGAAAGACAGAGAAGAGUCAGGAAGAGAAGGGGGAAGAUGGAUGAAUGCACUGCGCACUGAGCGUGCACGCGCGUGUCUGUGUGUGAAAGAGAGAAAAGAGAGAGAUGGAGAGAAGCAGGUAGACAGAGAGGGACAGAAGGGGUUUCUUAUCCUCUCAGCAGAAGUCAUAAUUUCUUCGAGCGUGCACAGAUGUGUGUGUAUGUGUGUGUGUGUUUAUGUGAGAGUGCUGCCUCGCUCAGGCUCCAGGCCAAGACUCUAAGAGGUACAGCGGUGUAUCGUCUGUGUGUAGUGUGAGCAGCAUGUGUGUGUGUGUUAAGGGAGGCUGUGGCUGAUGAGCUGUCAGUACCUACAGUUGGAAUGUUCACAAGGCGGCCAUUGUUGUUCAAACAGCCAGCAGCCUUCUCCUUGGCAACGGGCGCUGCAGCAGCGUCUCCCACAGCAACUGUGGAACAGGAGUAUGGAGGGAGGAAGAGGAGGAGGAGGAGUCAGGAAGUCAGGGCCGCAGCACAGAGGCCCCUCUCCAAAACACUGGCCUCAAGGUCUGAGAGUGUGUCGGGGUCCAAGCAUCUGGUUUGUGUGUCUUCCGUGUGUGAGGUAGAAAAGCCUGACUAUGUUUUAGUGUGUCGGUAUGUGGGCUUUUUAAGUGUGUGUGUGCGCAUCCUUACUCGAACUUUCUCCAUGUUUGUGUGCAUGUCAUCUCUGUGUGUGCGUCUGUGCGGCAGCGUUAACGGGGAACGUGGGAGCGUUUCUGUGUUUGCACCUAAGUGGUGGGUUUCAUCCUCUUGUAUUUGCAUGUGUUGGUGCUUCCAGACAGCUCCUCGUGUGUCUCUGUUUGUGUGUGACAUGUGCACGCUCCUAGCUGUUCCCAGCUGCCGCGGUUGGUCACAUGACCCGGGUGAGGGGCGGCCAUCAGCAGCGCCAGGAAACCGCCUCCAGGAGAAGAAGAGAGAGAGAGAGAGAAAGAGGGGAGAAAUAAAGGAGAGGGAGAGAGUGCCAGAGUGAAUUGAAGAUGGAGGGGGGAGUUGUUGGGGAGUGGGAGAAAAAGAGAGAGAGAGAGUGGGGGGGUGAAGGGAGAGAGAUCAGAGAGGCAACAGUGAGGGAGAGGAGUAAGGAAGGGAGUGAUGGAGGAAGAGGAAAGGGUGAUACAGUCCUCCUCAGCUUAAAAUAACUUCAACAGUCAGAUUGGAAGACAGUCAGAUGGGGGUGGGGGGUCCUGGUUUUUGUGUUGACUAACGUUUCCAGCGACUUCUUCUUCUUUUCUGGUCCCAUGUGUGCAUCCUUGGCUGAACAGCCACUGUAUCUGCUCUGUGUGAAGUCUGUUUACGUUAGAUGUGCGUCUGUGUGUCUGAACGUCUGUCUGCCUUUUUGUUUGUCUGCACAUAUGGUUUAUGUGUUACUCUGUUCAUUUAGACGCUUUGUGUGACUGUUUGCCGUGUUUGUGUGCGUGCUCGCUCUUGGCAGGAGAUACAGCAGCGCGCACUCUGAUGAUGGAGAUCAUUAGGAAUUUCCUGCAGCUGGGGGAGGAGGUGGUGGAGGGAAGUUUUUUGGAGGGAGGCGGGCAGGACGGGUGGGAUGUGAGUGGGUGAGAAAGAGAGGAGAGGUCAGAGUGAAGGAGAGUGUGAGUGGGUGGGAGGGAGGGUCUGCGUGUCAGUGUGUGAGUUGGACUGUCUCAGUUUGACAGACAUAUGUAUGUGCUGCACGGAGCUGCAGUCUGCCAAAGCCUAAAGUUCAGCUCAGUUUUGGAGGGUUGUUGGUGGUAGUUUGAGAGGAAGCAUGUCCGCCCGAGUGUAUGUGUCCAACAUUCCUCGCCCUCUUUGGCAAAAUCACACACACCCCAAGCUCUGCUGGAAAUUGACUGUUGAUUGGCAAAGUUUGGGAGUGCACAAGUUGGUCUUUGUUACUGCUUGUUAGGCCAAAACUUGCUGCAGUCGAGGCGAGACCUUUUAACUUCAUGCUGCUUUGCUGUUAGAUUGCAUUGAAACUUUGCACAGACUGUUGAGUAAAUAUUAAACUUUUCUCUGACAAUAGAAAUCAAAUUAAAGCCUUAAAUUCAGCCUGUCAGUCUGUCAGUCUAAGAAGAUCUCAAAGUCGUUCAAGUUGAAUUAAGUUUUUUCUUUUGUUCGUAAUUGAUGUCAGAUCAAUCUGUAUGAUUUAUUUAGUUUAUUUUUUGGCUUUUAUGCUUUUAUUUUAGAGAUAGAGAGCUGAUAGAGUAGGAAACAAGGGAAGAGAUUAGGAAAUGACAUGGAGGAAAGAACCACAGGUUGGACUCAAACCCAGGACCAGCGUCUUUUCUUAGGGUGCGCAUUUUAACCACCCAAAGCAGCACCCUCAUCAAUCUGUAUUUGAAAUAAUGCUGUCAUGACAUCAAACUUUCAUCUCACAAUUAUCCUGAUAUGAUGGACAACUUUAAAAUAAUACAACACUAUCAGUCAAAUUGAGGAGGCUAGAUGAGGAGGAACAACAAAUUGCUUAUUAAACUUAACUAAUGAAUGCAGUUAACUUGUCCCCAUCCAUUUCUAAUGGAGUUAAUAUUUAUGAUCUAUCCAAAUCACCAGCCCUGUAAAGACAUGACCUUAUAAACGAUUAUUUGUCAUGUUUUUUUCAUCUUGACAUUUCCUGUCUUGUGCUCAGGUUGCUUUAUUGUAAAAUUAUUUUGAAGUGUACUCCUUCUAGUUGAUGUAAACAAGGAUGAAGGCAACACAUUACUUCAUAAACUUUAAGAAAAAAACCACAUGCCUAGUGUUGUGAUUUUAACGUCUUUGAAGAAGAUUUGCUUUGUUCUCAAGAACAUUUUUUUCAUGCUUUUAUUUUGAUAUUUGUCCGUCUCAGACUUAGGUUGCUUUCUUCUGCAUUGUAAAAAUAUGCUUUUAUUUUGAAGUAUUCUGCACUAGGUAGAUAGUAGGUGUCAGAACUGCGUAAAAAACUGUUAAAGAACAAAUGUUCGAAUGAUUAGAAACCCAAAAGCACGAGAUUGAAUGUUUUGGGAUUUACAAUCACUUUUUGAAUGUCUGUUUUUAAAAGUGCCUAAUUAUCUCUCCGAGGGCUGCUACAUCUAGCUCGUUAGCAGGUGCUGCUUCUUCCUCUCUGCUCUGUUUAGUAUGUGUGGCAACCAGCGUCCCAUUUGCGUAUUUUUCAGAACAAUAUCAAUAUUUAAUUUCUGUCUCAAAAAGACAGUUAUCAUCUUUUCUGGUAUAAUGCGAUGGCCCUAAUUGUAAACCCAUUAAAUUUUGGUCCAAUACAUCAGGUUGUUGUUACUGUCUUACAUUUUCUUGUUGUUACUUAGGAGGAAAAAACAUGUAAUCCUCUUGAAGAAAAAACUGGUGGAACUGAAACAAACAUUAACAUUUGAGUGCAUGCGAGUUGUAGCACAAGCACAGGGUUCAAAACGAACUUUUUUCCCCGCUUUCCUAAACUGGACCCAAAGCAUAUUUCUAUGUGUUUGUUUAUGUUUGCUGACAGACUCAGUUACAGCUGAAAAGCCAAUCUGAGUGACCAAACACUUUAAAAAUAGGAACUUUAUUCACCUCUGUUGCACAGCCUGCUCAUGCACCACCAUCUAUCAGGUGACUAGAGGCAACACCUGCAGACUCUGGUCUCUUUAUCGGCCUUGUGACGCAGGCAUUUAAAGUACCAGUUAUUUCAAAUCUGAUUCAAUCCAAUCUGUCAAUCAGCCUAUCUCUAUUGUAUUGAUUUGAUAUCAGCUUUCAGUGUGUUUACAUCUCAUGUUACUGUGCUAUUGACUUUAAUGUGUUAUGUCUCAUUGACCUCUCUGGAUGCACGUUUAUCAAGCACAUAUCAUAAUGAUAAAAGUGUCUCAAGAGAGGCUGGUGAAAUGUAAGUCAUGAAGUUUUCCAGGAGUUUUAGAGACAUCUUUUGCCCUCUUGACUCUGAUGGUUGGUUUGUGUCUGUAGAAUCAGAUGUACAUUCUUCUGUGCUGUAUGUAGGUUGGAGGCUGCCGGAGCUGCAGGUCGAGGUUGCAUCAGGGUUGAGGCGGUGUAGAGGAACGGGAGUCUGAUGGUAGCUGAGUUUCUGCACGGUGUCACUCAGUCUCUGUGGACCCACUCCCCCCUCCUCCCCUCAUCCCCCUCUCUCUCUCUCCUGCCCUCACAUACUCUUUCUCCAUCUUCCUCUCUCUGUGUUUUAUCCCUCCUUCUUCUUAUCUGUCUAAACCUCUCUGUGGAGCUCCCCCCUCCUCCUUCCCCUCACCCACCUCUCUCACUCUCUCUCUCUCUCCCCUCCACCCCCCCACCAUCCCCCCCCUCCCUUUACACCCCCCCAUGCUGUUUCGGUGCUGCUGCCUGUCUCUUAGCAACAACUGCACACCCGUUAGAGCUCAGUGAGUGCUUUUACAAACACACCCAGGAAGACACACUCAUACACGCGCACGCUCGCAGGAACACAAGUGCGGGCGCAAACACAACGACACUCACACACACACACACACACACACACACACACACACACACACACACACACACGCACACACACACACACACACACACACACACACACACACAAGGUCUAGUUCCUCAUUGAGGGUUGCUGCUGGCAGGCCUGUGAGUCUGCAAGCCUUUGUGGCAGUGAGAUAGAUGGAGAGAGAAUAGAUCUGCUGUAGGCUACAGCUACAAUGUACAGAGUGAUUGUGCUUUCUGAAUAUUCACAACAGGGCAAGUGUCCAAACUGGAAAAUGACCGCUUCUCGUCUCACAGUUGCGUGUGCACGCAUACUUCCUGUUGUUUUACCCUCUCCUGUAAAGAACACUGAAACUUUUUAUAUGCAGAUGAAAACUGCGCAACACCAGAAAUAUUCAGACACUCGUAGCAGAGCAGCUCUUUGCAAAACAGAUUCAACAGAUCAUCAUGUGGAAGCAGUGCGCACCAUAGGCUGUUUUCCCUGAGACAAUAUUACGCUGUUGUGUGCUCCAAAGCCCCAGAGCUGUUCUCACUAAAACGCACCAAAACGCCACAUAUGACGGCAAAUAUACCGUUGCGGCAGCUGAUAGAUGCCAAGACUGUUUGCUUAAACAAUGAAUCAUAGUGGGAGCUUUUGAUUGGCUGGCAUCAAAGCCCCCCACCGAGCACAGUAGAGAUAUUUGCAUGUGCGUCUUUGUUUUGUGUGUGUGUGUGUGUGACUCUGUAUGAUUGCGUGUACGUGCCAUGUAUGUCUUUAUGUGCGAAUGGAUGUGUGAUUGUGUGGGAGGAUGAAGCUGUGGGGGCAUAUUUGACUGUGUCUUUGUGUGUUGGUAUGUGCCAUGUCGCCGUGGAUGCCUGCGUCUGUGCGUGCGCAUGUGCGUGUGCACAUGUGCAGCAAUGUUUAAUUAAAGCAUGUGUUCUCUUCCUUCUCUCGCACACCGGUCAGAUGGAGCCUUAAUUAAUGAAUGCUGUUAAUUAGACGACAGAGAAAGUGAGAAUGGGAGAGAGAGACGAGGGAGUGGGGGAGGGAGGCAGGGAGGGGAUGAGUGAGGGGGUUAAAUAAAGUGUGUGUGUGUGUGUGUGUGUGUAAAUGUGUGUUCAUCUCCAUGUUUGUCCGUCCCAGUUGUGUCAUUCCUCUGUGCAGCAGAACAUUAAGCAUGGUCGGCUCCAUGUGUGCAGCUCCAAACUCUGCUAAAGCAAAACUCUCCCCCUCUUCCUCCUCCUCCUCUCGCCUUCUCCAAUUUUUUCUCACUCCCUCUUUAAUCUGUCUGCUUGUCUCUCCUCGUACCAUCCUUACCCCGUCUCAAUCACGUCGUUCACAUCCUUGUUCUCCUUCUGUCUCUCGCCUUGUGUCUCAUACUUUCUCACCCAUUCAUGCUCUCAUUCUCAUGUCUCCCACCCAAGCUCUCCCCCUCUUUUUCUCUCUCUCCCUCUCUGUCCUCUCCCUCCUAAUCAGAGCCAUAUGUUGGAGAGGGAGGCAGGGAGAUCUGAGGAUGGAUGGGAUUGUAUUGUAUGUGGAGAGUGUGGUACAGUUUUGGGAGCCAGCAGUGCCUGUGCGUGCGUGCGUGCAAAUGUGGCACGCAUGCUAGUAUUUGUGUUUGUGUGAGCGCAUGCCGUCACGUGUGAGUCUGAUAGCACGUGUGGUCCAGAUUUUGGAAGACUUGUGUCUGUUUCUGGCUUUCUUUACUCCCUUUUCUGCUCUGCUUAGAGUUUCUAUAAUCCCUCCAUCGCUCCUGUCUUCCUGUCACCUUCAUCUCUCCAUCCUCUUAACACCUCUCCAUUCAUCACCUCUCUGCUUCCCCCUGGUGGCUGUGAUUAUUCACACAUUCUCAUUCUUGUUGCACCCUCCAAGUCUGGUCCUUUGUACUGCAUUUGAAUAGUUUUGGCAAAAUCUGGCAUGCAGUGUGAGUACGUUUGUGUGUCUUAGUGUGAGUGCGCUUCCAGAGCUGCUCAAUUGUUUAUUAUAAUUUAUGGAUUUUGACAUGUCCUUACUCAAAUUUGGUGAGAUUAGAAACACUCAAUCCCACACACACAAUACACAACCGUGCGACUGUGCUAAUAAUCAUUUAGUGAUGAUCCUGGGUGUGUGUAAGAGUGGAAUAGAUAAAGUGGCACAGGCUUACAUGCGUUCCCACAGUCUGCUGCUGUGUAUCGAAAUGAAAUAUUAACUACAAUUAGAGAGUUAAAAAUUUAUACUGCAAGUCAUUCCACAAUAAUUGCGUCUGAUGUGAGAUGGUGCAGCCCCCACCAAAAUACUGAUUCUCGUCUGGUCUGAUGCGUGCUCUGACAUCAUGUACUAAUCUCUUAUUCUCUUUUUCUUUCUGCUCCAUCCUCCUCCCAAUCCUUUCUUUUUCCCCCACCUUCUUCAACUCCAUGUCCCUUCUCCCCUCUCUCUCUCUCUCUCUCUCUCUCUCUCUCUCUCCCUGGCUGUCUCUUUCUCUCACUCUAGCAACCAUGGGCAGAAGACAGGAGCAGAGGGGAGAGAGAGAAGUAUGUGAGCUCUCCACUGCAGUAUUGAUGACCCAAUGAUCCCCUGCAGAACAGAGCCAGUCAGGCAGACAGAGUGAGGCUCAACUCAGAAUCAAAAUCAGAAUCAGAGCCACAACUCUUUGGUAAAAGCAGCCAAUUUAGCCGGAUACGAAUGGUAAAUGUAAUUUAAUGUUGUAAUGCUGCUGUGUGGGUGGAACAGUUAAUAGAGUAGAGUGCAUUACAGAUGAGGUUUGUGGCCCAUUGCCAAAAAUAUUGACAAUUCUAUCACAUCUAUCAUUUUUAUAGUGUUUGAUGCCUUACUGUUACUAAUACGUAGUGGCAUUGAGCUUAGAUUAAACUUCUGAAGUACUAAGACAAGUUUUUGCAGACUUGCUCUCAGUUUGAUAUAAUUGUUUUUGUUUCUAUCUGCAGGUCCUUAAAUCUUCUUUCCAGACGAUAGAGGAAGACGACCACAAGGACAAAAGCUCUCAUUUCAUACAGCAGCAAAUGUCCUUUUUUUUCUCUCAAUACCAGCAGGUCGGUCCGCUGAAUGAGUAGAUUGUCAGAUCACCUACAUUCUGGCCAAACUGGGGCUCCAGCGGGCUUCAGUGGGACUCAGGCAAAAGACAUAACAUUUGUAGGGGGACUGGAGGGGCUUGCGGGACCAGAGCUCUGGACCAGGGAGCUCGGGCCCCAGGAGGGGCUCCAGGAUCCCUUUAACGAUGGACUGGCUCUGUUGACCUCUGACAGUUUCCCCCCCUCCUCUUCUUCUGCCCUGGCAAGGGGCCUCCACCAUCAGAGAAGGCUGGGGCUCGGCACCUGCCGGCGGGGGCAGUCAGAGACUUGUGCCACCACUGAGACUCAUGCAUUUACAGAGACAUUUAGAAACAUGCAAACGCACAUAGACCCAGAUGUGCAUGCACAGGCUGUUUCACACGCACACAUGGAUAAUUGUGGACAAAUGGAUAUCAACGCACAAAUGGUAUCUGUAGGACCAGAACGGUCAAAAACUCUAACACCAGAGGCCAUACACACAACCUCACCUCAACCUCUGUCUUUGGCACUUGGCAAUCAUCCUGCCUCGACCAAUCAGCUGGCAGAUCCAGUCCUUACUGCAGAGACAGACUUGCCUUCAACCUUUUGUCCGAUCCCAAUUGGUCAAAACCCAAACACAGACUCCUCUGCUCUCCCUGUGGAGGCUGAGAAAAAGUAUGCACUUCGCAGUUCUGGGCGUCCUCGAUUCCCCUGUCACCUGCGCAAAUCCUCCCGCCUCCGACGUAGUAUGGAGGACGGGGAAAAGAGAGCAGGAAAGGAAAGAGGAGGAGGAGAGGAGGAGGAGGGGGUAUUAGAGGAGAAGAUCUGGAAGGCCAAAGAAGAAGAGGUAGCCGUCGGUGAGAAACAAGAACAUUCAUCUGUGGAGGCUGUUCUCCCUACACCUCCCUGCCCUACAGACAUUCCUCUUGCUUUAACGGUUCCCAAACCUGUUCCCAAAGCUAUGCCUAAACCUGGACCAAGACUUGGCCAUAGACCUGGACCUAAAUCCAGAUCUAGGCCUCCACCAAAACCCGUUCACAAAGCAGCUCCAAAAAGUGUCAUGAAAAGACGACAAGCAGCUCAGUCCUUGGCUCAACAGCUUUCCCCUCAUCACGCCUUUAUGAACGCAUCCACCAUCCCUUCACCCCUGCUGACAGCAAGGGAGGAACCUGUUGCAGAGUUGGGGGUAACUUCUGCCAAUAACCGCAGACGUGGGCGUUUUGUUGGCGUAAGUUUAUUUGUAGUUACAUAUCACUGAUUUUCAUACUUUUCCUGACACACCAUGUAUUAGAUAGUUCCUAAAACAAUCUUAUAUUUCACAUGUUUAACGUUGGACUCUGAUUUACAGGUACGGAGGAUUGUGGUCAAAGUGGCUCGCAUCCCUGUCAGCCUCAGCCGCCGGCAAAAGAGUUACAAAAUUUCAAGUAUGGAGACAGUCACAGGGACAGAGAAAGUCAAUGAUGGGGGCACAGAGGGUCCAGAGGUGGCUCGAGAGCCGACCGCACUUCUGCGUAUGAAAAACAAUGGAAAAAGCGUUAUGGUGAUGUUCCCCCCUGGAGAGCUGCCUGUUAUUCUGAAACGCAGGCGAGGGCGACCACCUAAACAACCUCAGCCGGGAAUACCAGGAGAGCCUCCCAAUGCUGGGACUGCUGCUGGUAAUGCAGACCAGCCCAAGAAGCCCCAGAGGAGACGUCGGACUAAGCUCCCUUGCCCUUAUCCCUCUUAUGUUAAUGAUACUAAUGAUGUGAAAACUGAAUAUGGGGAUGUUCUCUCCAAACUGGCCUUUUUAAACCGCCAGCCUCCUGCCACAGGCCGCUGCUCUCCUCCUCGCUGUUGGACACCCAGUGAGCCAGAAAGCUUUCAUACCCCUUUGGAAAACCCUGGGAUAUCCACCCUACUCCAUCGGCUCACUGGGACUAGACGCCCAAGGGGAGGCAGAGGAGGGGGACUCGGGAGGGGCGGAGGACCAGCAGGGGCAAAUGGGGGCAAUGAGCGCAAUAAGAGCACUUUCAGUGACUUCUUUGAAUCCAUUGGCAAGAAGAGGAAACUGAGCCCCCUGUCUGAGUUUGGUUUACCCAGAAAAAGGGGAAAGGGUGCAGGUGGGGUGGGUAGGGGAGGGGGUGUUGUAGGAACAGAGCCUGGGGGAGAAAAAGUAGUCAGGAAGAGACGGUCAAGAAAAAAUGGUGCAUUCAAAGGCGAGGGAGUUCCAAUGGGCCAAGAGUGGCCCAAUGGGGCAGGUGGCUGGGUGGAGGAGGGGGGAAUGAGCAAGGAGAAAAGUUUUGGUGGGUAUCAGUUCUGUGGAUCUCCAAGGGGGGGCUUCUCCUCCUGUGAGGUUAGACGGGGAGGUGUUUACAGUAGUCAAGGAGGAAGCAGAGGAGUCGGGCCAGCAGGAGAUGACUCACAGGGCCUGUUUGCCGGAUAUUUCCGGUCACUCCUUGACUCGGAUGAUUCGUCUGAUCUGUUGGACAUUUCCUCUUCACAGUCGGAUCCCCGUAAAGCUUCAUCAACUCCUGGUUAUGAGCCAUCCAGCCCAGCUACUGGGCAAAACUGGUCCCCUGCAUUUCCCAAGUGGAACAGUAAGGGUGCAAGUUCUGGGGUUGAUGGUUCAGCCCAGACACACUGCCCCUCAGCCAGGCCACCAUACAGCUAUGGCAGCCUAGCCCAAACAUCCCCAACCACUUCAACAUAUCCCAAAUCCACUCCCCCAUCUCUCUCACACUCCCCCAGCUCCCCCCACCCUGCCUCUUUUGGUCAUUACUCUCCUGGCUACUCCUCCUCUUCUCCUGCAGUGCCACAGAGAACCUCAGACUGCAGCUUUCCGUAUGGAUCUGGACAAGGUAGUAACAAGACUGGCACUGCUGGUCAAAUGGGGUUUUCUAAUUACCAGGCUGGAGCCAAGCGAGGCUACGGCGGAUACUCUGCUGCAAGUCAUUCCUCCAUGGUGAGGGGAGAGUCAGCAGGACCCACAUCACCAGGGGGAGGGUAUAUGUCUGUGGCCAAAGGCAGCCCCUUCAGCUCCUCAUCCUCUCCUGACGGUUACAAGCAUUACAACUCCAACCAGUGGAGCUACAGGUAAACUACCUUUGGCACCUGUUACUAAAGUGAUAAUAAAAAAAAGUAGCUGAGGAGAUUCCAGAAAAUUCUGAUCUGCUUUUUCCAACAAUAAACAUGAAUAAAAUCUAAAUCUAAACUAAAUAGAUUGGUUUGUCGCUUAAUAUUGACUCUAUGACAGACUGUUUAUAUGAACUAACGGUUAAUCAAAUGAGCAACAUUAAUAUUUACAUAAUAAAAAAGACAUUUACGCAAAAAAGACAGUUGUUGUAAGUGAGCUUGAUCAGCUGAUGAACAUGUUUACCGCACUCAUAUUCUGGUGAAGAGGAUUUUUUGCAUAGUUCAUCCUAAAGACAGUCUGCAGCUCACAUUUUGAGGGGAUGCAAGAGGUCUAAGAAGCUGCUCAGAGUUACUGAGCUCUGUGGGUUCACUGCAUCCAGUGCUUCUAGUUAUUCAGAUGAAGUUAGCGAUGCUGAGGCAAGCCGACCACCUCUUUUGGACAAUUGCAGUAGUUUUAUAAACAAAUCAGGACAAAGUCCAACAAGCUAAAAACCUGUAUGGUUUCUGAGACAUGUAGCCUGUUAGAAAACUGUCUCAUCCACAUCAGUUACAAAGCAGGUUUUCCCAUGUAUUUGGGUUUAAGUUGGAACCUUUAACCAAAUACUCAGCCAACACAUCAUAGUAAUCAAUGUGUGUUAUUUUUUUCAAGUUUCCAAAGCUCUGGAUUUUUCCCAUGCUUGAUUGGUAAAACACACUAAAAUGGGAUUUGAUUGGCUUUAAUGCUAAAUAUCUAUUUGUUACCUUGGAAUCCUUUAGUUUAGGAAACAUUAAUGAUUGAGAGUGGAGAAUUGAAGUUUAGGAACCUCUGCUGACAAUUAAUUUAGGUGCAGCUCCAAGAAAAUUAAAGUGAACAAGUUCAUUUUUAGUUUGAACUUGCACAACACUCGUUAUCGUCAAUACUGAUAUAUUGCAACAGCUCAGAUCUUAAUGAUCAUCUUGCUCAGAGCUGAUUUUGUUGUAUGAUUUGUGUCUCUAUAUUUUGGUCUUCUUUUUCAGACAAGGUUAUGGAGGGUGGUCAACUGACGGCUUUGGGCACCAGUAUCAUGGAUACGGGGACUUCAGCUCCAAUGAGUCCAAAGACAUCUUGGAUAUCUCAAAUUACACCCCCCAGAAGGCCAAACGACAACCUUUUCAUGAAAGUCUCUCUGAAUCCUCCUCUGACUCUUCACACCUCGGCUCCAUAGCCACAGGUAGUGGACCUGGCUCCACAGGUGGCAUGUACAAACACAGUGAGCCGACAUCUGGUGGUGGAGAGGGGGGUCAAUCAAGUCUGUCCAGCCUAGAGAAGCUGAUGAUGGAUUGGCAUGAGAGUGCCUCAGGGCCCUCAUAUAACUGGAGCCAAAAUGUCCUCUUCCAGGGUGGGGGGACCAGCAAACCUGGAAGAGGUCGUAGGAAACGGAUUGAACAAGACAAAGAAGGGGGCACUGCUUUACACUCUGAUUCCCCAUCCAGCCCCUCACCAACCCCUACUCCUGGACCAAAGAGGGGAGGACGGGGCAGAGGGUCUAGGGGAGGCAGAGGGGGGUUAUCUCCUUGUCAAAGAGAGCGACUAACAGGAGCCAAAGGCAGGGGCAAGGCUGCUUCUACAUCAGUAGCAGGAGGUACGGUGACUGUUGGUGGUCCGGACGGGUCCGGGCUAUUCCAGGAGGGGCUGGACUAUUACAGCGGAGACAGCAGCAGCCUCUCUCCCCUGGCCACUCCCAAUCCUGCACCACCCUCGACCUUUCUCCAGGACCCCUGUGAGUACCCCUCCCCUUAUUCUGCCCAUCCCUCCACGCCCUCCUCUGAGGAGCGAUACCCUGCCUUAUACCCUGGAGAGUCAUCCUCCUCCCUCUCGCCCAGUGUCUCGUCUCCCCCUUACCCUCCAAAGCCAACCCCUCCUCCGCCACAGUCCUACCACCCUGUCCCCUCUAGGACCUUUUCCCCAUCUUGCUCCCCCUCCCCACGGGUGACACCCCAUUGUGGUACUGCACUGAGUCCCCCACACCGCCCUCCUCCAAAAGACCCACAGUUCUCACAGUAUGACUCUCCUAGUUAUUGCAGUUCCCCCUUCUGGUACGGACAGACGUCUCACAGCAGCAGCCCGAGCCCACACUCCCACAGCACACACUCAAACACAGCCAUACACACACACAGCAACCCACACACAAGUCCUCACGGAAAUACACAAGGAAAUCCACUCGCCAGCCCAAAUGCCAACACACAAACACACAUUAACCAGACUGCACAUGACGCACACCAACACAAUACACAGCAACACACAAACCUGAGUUCACACACCAACACUCACCCCGCCUCACACCUCCAGAGCAACCCUCUCUCCCACCCAAACCCCAAUGCCAUCAUCGCACACACCAACUCCAGCAUCCCCUCCCACACACACUCCAACCCCAGUCCAGGCAUCCUAUCCCACGCAACUCCUGCGCUCUACGAAGAGUGUAGCCCCCCCUCCACUUUGUCCCCUCACAAGCGAGAUCUGACUCCCCACCCCAUGAGCACAGGCCUCCGCCAGGGCCCUUUGUCUCGCUCCCCGUACCCCAAACCUACCCUGGACUCCUCACCCCAUCCGGAGGACACUAGCGGCUUCUCCUUGUCCCACCAGUCGUUCCAGGCCAUGGGACAGCGCUACCCCUCCCAAGUGGCUCAGGGAGGUGGUGUGCUGUGCCAGCUCCUGGACCCAACCAAUGACGAUGGCUUCAGCGUCACCAGCCUGUAACAGCAGGUAGGUUUAAGUGAUCUUUAGGCAAGCAAGACUACCUGGAAUCAGGACUCUCACCAAGCCAACCAUACAGGGUGUGACUUUUUAGUAAUGCAUCUGUUGUGCAGUAAGCAAAGUUACAAGAUUGGCAAAUCAGAGGCAUGGCUAACUUGACCAACAGGUGGACUUAGUGUGGCCAUUUGCAAGAAGCCCAAAGGUGCCCCUCUGGUAGUUUCACAGUAAGCUAGGUUGAGUUAACAGGUUGAGCUAGGUUAAUGUUGGAGUUACAUUAAACCUCUGAAUAAGUUUUCAAAAGUGCCUAAUCAUCCCUUAGAGAUCUGCUACACCUGGAUUUUAAGGUGCUGCUGCUGCUUCUCCUUCAUCCCUUUCCCUUUUUAUGUGGCAACCAGUAUUACCGUGUGCUUAUUUUUAGCACGAUAUCAAUGACGGAAGGUUAUCAACAAAACGACGGCCUUAGUCCUGACUCACCCUUUCAUAUAUGUAGCACACAGCAGGAGAUUUAGUUCAAUUAGAUUCACUUUCAACUUCUGGAAAGUACUCAAUUCGGCUUAGGUAAGGGUGUCAUGAGGGUAGGUAGAGUGUACAGGAGGAGGACUCCUUAUUAGUAGUGAUGGUUUUUGCUUUGAUAUCACUAUUACAUGAACAAGGACAUGUCCCGAAUAUAAAAAGACGAGUGGAAAACACUGUCAUUAGCCGGCCCACUUUCUUCCUGUGAACAUUCUGGCCUAUUACCUGCUCUGUUGACAGAUUACACACUGAGAUUGGCAUCAAGCAGAUAUCCAUGCAUGCUGUUAUUUGGCCAACUGACAAACAAGACAAACAGAAAACAAGAAAGACAGAUUUCUUGUAGUUAAGUGUGUUUGCAAGACUCAAAAAUUAUGUCAUGGUUAAUUUUUCUGAAUGAUGGUGAGUUUAUGGAAGAAAAAAAAAACUAUUACUAGCUCUCAAAUCUGCCUCUCUUGACCUCUUUCUCUCCUGUUUUGUUUUUCCUUUCCAGGUGCAUUCGAGCUUUUACAGAUUUUCAAACAUUUUUUUUCUUUUUUUUCUUUUUUUUGGUAAGGAGACUUUCUUUGUGAGAGACUGUGAAAUGAAGGGUGAGAAUUUAGCUGCCAGCUUUGGACAGUAAAGCUUUAAUUCUCCAGCACUGACAAUCAAGAUCAACUGCAACCGUAACACCCAAGCAUGGACAGAGACACACAUACACACAUACACUUACACACACACAAACACACACACACACACAUACAUACACACACACACACACACACACACUUACACACAAGCAUGUGCAGAAACACUCACUACCCAUACAAAAAAAAUAAAGUCAUACAUGUGUACACUCACUCACACACUCUGCUGGAAAGAGGGAAUGGCUGAGAGGAGCUGACAGAUGAGUACCAGACACUGACGGACAGAGUGUAAACCCGUUUCUUCACCCGACUGAGUCCGUCUGUGACACACAGAAGACUCUAAUUCCCAGAAGUCUGUAUUUCAACUAAUGUUUCUAGUCCUGUUCUGUACAUCUGCAAUAUUGAAAUGCUAUGAUCACACCGCUCUCUCUCUCUUUGUGUCUUUCCUCUGUUCUCUCUCAACCUCCCCCCCUCUGCUAAACCAGCAUAAUGUGGUCUGCACUAGACCUCCAAGAAACCUGCAUUUCUGUCUUUGUGCCCAAGCCUGCACAGCGUCUGAGCCCAAAUCUACUUUUUGAAUACCAUGAGCCUAGCAAAAUGUCCUGCUCUGUGCACUCCUUGUGUUGUGUACCAUAAGAGAAAAUGGACUUUAACCAGUUUCUGCUCUCGAAAAUACCAGCAUCUGUACAUACGACUUCAGCUCCGAUCCUGGGGCCCCCCUCUUCUCUCUGAAGGUUCGUCAUCAACACGCCCUCCUCAGCACCCUGCCAUGGUUUCUCUGCUCUGUGGGGGGGAAGAGAGAGGACUGCAGCAUGGAGACCCAACAUCCUGUGUUUUGCUGUUUUAACUACAAGGGAAAGAGACAUUGAAAUCACAAAACGGCCCCAAAGAGACUGUUGUUUUCUGCGUGGGAAUGUGAAACAGAGAAGGGUGUGCUUGCGUGACUGCAGAAAUGCAUGUAUUUGUGUGUAUGUGUGCAAUUAUAUGUGUUGCUGUGUGAGUGUGUGUGCGUGCGUGCCUGUGGGGUCAAAAGGAGUGAAACACCCCAGACACCAAAGUCUUGGCGGGGCCUCAUUCUUUCUUUCACUCUCUCCCUUCUUUUUUCUGUGGUCUUGUGUUGUUUGGUGGUUUUUGUGAUGAAAAAUUGUAUAUCUGUCUGUUACAUAUCAUGUAUGUAUCUGAGGUGCAAAAUAUUUAAAUACACAUUCUGUUCUUGCCAUUGGUAA